UUCUAGAAACACACCUAAAAAUUUGAAAUGUGACGACAUAAACAGCAAAAUUUGCAGUUUUAGUCAAAAAUUUCACGUCCGACCCCUCUAAUUGACUCGAUCCACUGUGCGGCUCCCGAAGACCAAGUGCCUCCCACCACUGCUGCUACGUGUAUGAUGGGGAUAUGCCUUUAGCUUUCAGACGAGAUGAAAUAUGGAACCAUCACACUCUUCUUGUUCACCUUGCCCCCACUGGUGGUAACUAACACCAACACCCCUAUAAAGGACCCCUAUGGUAUAGACGACAGGCUAGAAAUCGUCCAUCUCUACCCAGACCAAUGGCCGACCGGGGUCGCAGUAUCUGAGUCGGGCCGAAUUUUCUCCUGCUUCCCUGCCGCGAACGACGAGCUCAACUCCAACAACGGAACCAACAACGUGUUCCAAGUCGCCGAGCUGACCGGCUUCGACACGGAAACCGCCUACCCCAACGAAACCUACAACAACCCACCCGGAGGUUGCGUCAACUUCUCAGGACCCUUCCCACGGACGAAAGGCCUCUCCGACUAUCUGCUCAGCGUGCCGACCGUGGCUUUCGACCAGAACGACGUGUUGUACCUCCUGGACAACGGCCGAUGCAUCUACAACGGCGUCCGUCUCGAAGCGUCCCCCGGCGGCCCGAAACUCGUAGCCGUCGAUCUGAACACCGACUCCGUCAUCCGGACCUACACGUUCCCCACGGAUGUCGUGACGCCUGAAUCGUUCCUGGGUGACGUAGAGUUCGACCGCCAGGGCUACGCUUAUAUCACCGAUUUCAGCGCUACAGGGGACAACGCGAUAAUAGUUCUGAAUCUAGACGACGGCGACUCUUGGCGUGUGCUCAUGCGUGACGCCUCAGUCGUGGCACUACCUAAUUUCGUGCCGUUCGUCUGGGGCCAAUCACUGUACCAGGUCCAGUCGAGUGGGUCUGGGAAAAUCGUCGGGUUCGAGUCUAUCUCGAUCGGUGUCGAGGGACUGACCAUAUCGAACGACUUCAGCACGUUGUACUACACGGGGACUGCGCUGCGGUUCUUGUACACCGUCCCAACGGAUCUCCUGCGCAAUCGCAGCACGCCGGCAAUCGAGAUAGUCGCGGCAGUUCGUGUUGUCACUAUGCAAGGCGUCACGCCGGUCAUUGGGAUUGACGACUCCGGCUACAUCUAUUCGGGUAACGCCGAGCAAUCCGCUAUAACAGUGUACGAUACUACAACGGGAUACAAAAUUCCAUUCGUACGCGACAAGCGGAUUGGCUUUAUCGGCAGACUGGAUAUCGUUGAUAAUACUAAAUAUUUGUACUUUACGAGCAACCAGUUUCAAAGGCUUCCGAUCCUCUAUCAGCCGCCGGAUCCGUUAGGGGAGGAUCGACGACGGAGGCCCUUCGUGUUGUUCAGGAUUCCGUUGCUCAACAGCACGACAACAGGACAUUGAGCUCUUUAAUUUCUAAUCCCUUAAGUAACUAGAUGCGCGGAUAGGAUCUGAGGACCUGACGAAUUAUAAAUGGGUUGGA